UUAAAGGAUAAAUCUAGAGAAAAUCCGAGCUUGAUUUCAGACGUGGCUAGUGAUGUCACUGACAAAUUGAGAAUUUGUUUGUAAACAAAAGCAAUUACACAGAUAAAUAAAUAGAUUGACAAAAUGAUGGAGGAAUCUUCUGAUGAAUCGACAGAAAUUAUAACAAAAGAAGAAGCUGAUAUGGCAAGGCAAAUGCAAGAAGCAGACUUAAACGCUUCUGGUAGUUCCACACCAGCUCUACCUACACCAAGCAUCAGUAGUAGUGUCUCACCACCUACACCACUUCCUGCAUUUAUGAAUGUUAGUAGUUCAGCAGAAAAAGAGGGAUCUCCUAUGUCUACACCACAAAGACCAAGUCCUGGAUCAUCCAUAUCAACACCAGGAUCUGCUAUGGCAACACCUGUACCAAGUCAACCAACAGCUUCUAGUAUUGCAGCUCCAGCUCCAAUCCAGUCUCCUUAUGAAGCAAGUGCCCAGAUUGAGGUACCAGCAGAAAUGAUUCCUGUAUCACCACAAAGUUCUGCAGGACAAGAUACUGGACUGUUUGGUUGGAUUUCUGGGAACAAAAUCAUGUCCAAAGUCAAGAGUUCUAUGGAAACAAUGAUCACAACAUUGGACCCUGGAAUGAAAGAAAUUAUCAAAUCUGGUGGAGACAUAGAUAUAGUAGUUACAUCAUCCAAUGAAAACAAAGUUGGAGCUGUUAGAGAAGCAUUUCAGCAUGUGUUUGGGAGAGCCACUGUCUCUGGGGUGGAAAGCCAAGCAACAACAGCAGCACAACCUGUUGGUUUUACUGCAGGUCUAAAAGGUGCAGAAGAGAGGGUCCAGAAUCUACGACAACAAGGAAAUAUUCCAGAAGAUAUCCCUGUAGUUUCAUUAGAAGGCUUCAUUAUAGAAACACUUCCUGACAGAUGGUUUGAAAUGACAUGUUUAAUUCUACGGGACCCAUCACAUAGAGUGGAACUUCAGACAUUCUCACAACCUACACCUAUACCUACAGAACAUAUACUAAAAGCCCAAGACUCAACAGCAUCAGAUUAUCCCUUACGUUGGUCAGGACUGGCAAAGUCUAUUGGUCAAGUGAUAGAAGAAACAAACCCUCAUAUUGGACAUAGUGAUUGGCAGAAUGCAUUGACUGGCAUCAGUAGGAGAGAAUCUCUAUGUAUGGCAUCAAGACAACUUGCAUUUAUGUAUAAAGAAAGGCUUCCUACUUCAUUUGUAUCAUAGAUAGAACUUAUUUUAACUUUUCUUGUUAUAGGGCCCAUAUUUUAAUUCCCCUUUUUGACUUUUACUUUGAGGCUUUAUAAAAGCUAUUUUUGAGCUUAUGUUGAUAUUAUUUGAAAGUUGAUAUAUUUUGUAUUACUGAAGACAGUAUACGUUGUCAGCCUAAAACCAACAAGAAAAAAAAUCCUGAAUAAACCACUUGAUUUUAAAGGGAGAUAAUAAAUUAAUAAUUUAUUUUUAUGUACACCCUUUAAAUUAGAUUUUGCUAUUUGUUGUGAGCAUUUAAUUUGAAGGAUUUAAUCCUGGUUGUCUUCCAGACACAAAUCAAAAUUAAAUGAGUGGCACUUAUUGGUUACUUUUUGGUUUUGGUAUUUGAAAUGAGAUAAAAAAAAAAGAUUUACUGUAAAUUUAGAACUUAUUAUGUGCAUAUAUUAUUGCGAUUUUGAAUGAAUGGACAAAAUGCAAGAUGUAUUAUUGCAAUUUCAGAAAAAUCUGCAUGCAGGUAUGGGAUACAUGACAGCAAGUUCUUACUAUUGUGUUAUUCACCCAGUAGCUUUAUUUGCAUUAAUAAAAGCUCUUCAAUAAUUUUUGAAAUUACAAUAUUGUGGUAAUGUGAAAAUACAGAUAAAAACCUUACCCUUCAUUUAGUGGCAUUAUAGCAUUUGUUGUAGUUGUUUGAUUUAUAUAUAUGCAAUGUGGAUAGGUGAAUUAUCAUACUUUAGUCAUAUAUAUCUGUUGCAUCCGUGAGCAUUUGCUUUAUUCAUUACACAAAUUUAUAACUGUUUCAUGGUAGAAAAUACAUUUCAUUACAUUGUUUUGGUUGAGUUGAAUGUUCUGACAUAUAUUAAUGAUGUGGUUUAGGUAAACAUGAGAUAACCUGUUCAUGUAUUAUCAUAUUAUGUAUGAAAGAAUAAAAAAAAUUAAUGAGAGUUAAGGUUCUUGACUUAAAACUGCUUUAUGAAAAUUCCAAAUGAAACAUUACAUUACAAUAUUUAAAGACAUAAGAAAUGUAUGAAUAUUCAAUUAGAGUUAUAUCCCCUUAUCAGGAUAUACGCCUUGUGAAUGAUAUUAGAUGGAAAACCUAAUAUAUCAUGUCUUCAUCAAUUGAGUCUGAGUCAUAUCAAUAAAGUGCUGAACAUAAUCUUUUCAUAAGAAGUGGAACUUUAAUUAGUGCCUACUUAGAAUUUCAUACUAAAGACAUGCAUCAUUUGUCUAGGAAUUCCAUAUCAUAGUACUGUGGAUUCAUUAUUAUUCGUUGGAUACCAAUUUUCGUGGAUUUCGUUGGUUAGGGUAAACCAUGAAGUCAAUUGUUCAAAGAAUGACAAGUUUUCUGUUAGCUUGUAUGCAGACUUUGGCAAAACCGUGAAGGCUUUUAAGUAUCCACAUAUAUAUAUGUUUUCUUAAUCCAUGAAAAUUGCUACCCACGAAAAUAAAUGAAUCCCUAGUAAUGUGUAAACUUCUGAAUGUUGACUGAUGAAUUUUAAUUUUUAAACCACAUAUAUUAGAAGUAAAAAUUAGCAAAUAUAUAAGAUUAAAAUCAUUAGAUUUAUAAAGAUUUCAAAUAUUUCUCAUCUAAACUGGCAAUCAAAGAUGUCUUCUAUCAGAGAUUAUACUUUUACAAUCAAAGGUAAUGAAAAACACAAGCAAAAAUCUCUCUAAACUGGUCUCAUAGAUGGAACAAGUAAAAUAUUGAAUAUUUAUGAUUAGGGUGUCUAUAAACAAUGCAGUGUUGCUUCCAUCAUUAGAUUGAGUACUGUAACUGAUAUCUGUUCACUACAUUUGUAUGUGAUAAUAUGGUGAGCUGAAUGCAGUUCAUAUGGCUUGAGAUAUAUUACAAAAAGCAUAAUAUAAAUGUGAGUCUUUCAUGUUAUAUAAAUGACAACCUAAUGUUUAUGAAAUAAUUAUAUACGGGAAUUUUAUAGAAGUAUUAUGCAUGUAUUUUGAACAGGAAAAAGUUAUACCAAGUCAUUUCAUUCUUUGGGGAAACAAUUUUGAAAACUUUAAUUUAUUUCAUAAAUUUAAAAUAUCACUUUUUUGUGACAAUUAGCAAUUGUUUUGGUUCCAGCAGAAUAUGUAUUAAAUAUUUGCCACUUAUUGUUAAAAAGCAACAAUCUAUUUAAAUCCUAAAAAUCCUUUUGAUUUUCAUUAUUAAAUCAAAAUAUCCCUGGUUGUGAAAUUUCCAUUCAUCAGAUGUUAUGUCAAAGAACUUAUGGUUGCUUGGACUUAAAGGUCAAACAAAACUUUGUUGAUUUUAUUUCUCAAGAAUCAUUCAUUUUUAAAAUACUCCAUGUUCUUGGAAGUCAGCCACAACUUUCCCCAUAGAAGCUUGACAUGUAAUUUGACAUGUAACUUGACAUGUAACUACAACAGGUUUGAUGAAUGAAAACCAAUAACUGUUGUAACAUGAAGAUAUGAACCGAUUAAUAACUUUUAUCAUUUAUGACUUUUGAUUGGUACAUAUAUGAAAUAUUACAAUGAAUGUAUGAAACAUAAACUCAUUUGACUGUCUAGUUUUCUCUAAAGCAUUGGUUAUGUAUUAAUUUAUUCAUUAUGUAUUACUGCAAUUGGGUUAAAAUGUCAUUGUAAAUGGCAAGUUGUACAAGUGUAUAGAAUAUUCAUUAAAUUAUUUAAAGUAUA